AUGGUUACUUGUUCUGUGAGUGAAUGUGCUGUUAAUCAUAGAAACAAUCCUGAUAAUUACACAUUUCACAGAUUCCCUCUGGAUUCUAUAAUUAGAGACAAAUGGCUAAGAUUGAUUGGGCGGGUUGGUUGGAUUCCAAAGAAGAACUCAUGUAUUUGUAGUAAACAUUUUCUUGACAAAUACAAGCGAAAAAGCAGAAUGAAUACAAUCUUAUUAAAAGGAGCAAUUCCUACUUUAUUUGUACCAGUACAGAUAAAAGAGAGAGUAGCUACAUCAUAUGUUAAUCGUGACAUAACCCAUCCGCCAUUGAAAUCCCAAGAUCAAGAAAUAGGUGAUCAACUUACAACAAGAGAAAAAUAUAUUUUAUCAAAAAACAAUAAAUUAAAACAAAAGCUACAAGAAAAACAAAAGAAAAUACGUAGCUUAGCUGCAAAAAAUAAAAGACAGACUAAAAAAAUAGUCACAUUGAUAAACGUUCUUAGAAAAAUUGAGCCAAGCUUGGAAAUGGAAGAGCAAUACAGUGAUAUCGAUAUGGCAUGUAGCAAUGAAUGA